UUGUUUGCGCAUGCGUAGCAAGUCAGUGCAGUCGAGAAAAUGGCGUCGUUUCUACGUGGAUUGCUAACGUUUGGCCGUAUGGCUGGCACUGCCCGCUUCUCUAGUCAAUUAGUACGACCGUUUUCUCGCCUAUUCUCACCGGCUUGCGUAUCAGCGUGUGCGAAUCAGAAACGGUUCUUUGCUGAUGCUGCACCUACCAGUGCGAGAGGUGCAACUCAGGCUGAGUCUACUGGUCGUGUCGUUGCGGUUAUUGGUGCCGUCGUUGACGUUCAAUUUGAUGAGGGAUUGCCACCCAUCUUGAAUGCUCUAGAGGUGCUUGAUCGUGACAGUGGACGGCUUAUUCUAGAGGUCGCUCAACAUCUUGGAGAAAACACUGUUCGUACAAUUGCUAUGGAUGGAACUGAAGGUCUUGUAAGGGGCAAUCGUGUGAGAGAUAACGGCAGCUCUAUUUCAAUACCAGUAGGACCUGAGACAUUAGGACGCAUCAUGAACGUUAUAGGAGAAUCAAUAGACGAACGAGGACCAAUUCCUUCCAAGAAGAUGUCAUCUAUCCACCAAGAUGCACCCGAAUUUGUUGAUAUGAGCAUCGAACAGGAGAUCUUGGUGACCGGAAUCAAAGUGGUUGAUCUUCUUGCUCCGUAUGCGAAAGGAGGGAAAAUCGGCUUGUUUGGUGGUGCUGGGGUCGGCAAGACUGUACUCAUCAUGGAGCUCAUCAACAAUGUGGCGAUUGCACACGGUGGCUACUCUGUGUUUGCCGGGGUGGGUGAACGAACACGAGAAGGCAACGAUCUGUACCACGAAAUGAUUGAAGGUGGAGUCAUUGACCUCAAGGGAGAUAAAUCAAAAGUUGCAUUGGUGUAUGGACAGAUGAAUGAACCACCUGGUGCUCGUGCUCGUGUUUGUCUGACGGGAUUGACUGUUGCUGAAUAUUUUCGGGAUCAGGAAGGACAGGACGUGCUGCUGUUUAUUGAUAACAUCUUUAGAUUUACUCAGGCUGGAUCAGAGGUGUCCGCUCUGUUGGGUCGUAUUCCAUCGGCCGUCGGUUACCAACCAACUCUUGCUACCGACAUGGGCACAAUGCAGGAACGAAUCACGACAACAAAGAAAGGCUCAAUCACAUCAGUACAAGCGAUCUACGUUCCUGCUGACGAUCUGACGGAUCCAGCGCCUGCGACAACGUUUGCUCAUCUCGAUGCCACGACCGUUUUGUCUCGUCAGAUUGCUGAGCUUGGCAUCUAUCCAGCUGUCGAUCCGUUGGACAGCACAUCGCGUAUUAUGGAUCCGAACGUCGUAGGGCAGGAGCACUACGAUGUGGCGAGAGGAGUGCAGAAGAUACUGCAGGACUACAAAUCACUUCAAGACAUCAUCGCCAUCCUCGGCAUGGACGAACUCUCUGAAGACGACAAACUAACCGUCGCUCGCGCUCGCAAAAUCCAACGUUUCCUAUCCCAGCCAUUCCAAGUAGCUGAGGUGUUCACCGGCACACAGGGAAAACUCGUGCCAUUGGAUGAGACUAUCAAAGGCUUCCAACAAAUUCUCAACGGUGAACUUGAUAAUGUGCCAGAGAUUGCCUUCUAUAUGGUUGGUCCGAUACACGAGGUGCAUGCCAAGGCUGACCAGCUGGCAAGAGAGCAAACGUAGACACUCGUCGUUCUUGUCGUGUUCCGUCUUGUAAAGUAUUUAGUCGGUGGAUACUACGUGAAUGAGAGAUGUCGAUAGUUUUGUGUAUGUGUGGGUGUGUGUGUGGAGGUGUCGCCCUCGUUGCCCAUUGUCAACAGAUACAUAUUUGUUCAUAUUA